GUUAAAACAGCUACAUUGCAUUGUUCGCGCUUGCGGUAUUUCGAAAGCUCUGUAGCCAGUUUGGUUAAAUUGCGGCUUCUAAUCUACAGCCUGGUGUGGUCGGCAAAAAAUUCCCUUCAACCCUUAGCUGUCACUCGUGGAAUGCUGAUUGAUCGGAGAAAACUUUUUAAGACCUAAAAAUAUUCAAGGGUGUAGUAUAUGAUCAUUAUAAUGAUGUGAUUACAUGGCGAUCGCAGAUAAAAUUUCCGUGAGAGUCGCUUAUGUAAGCAGCAAGGGUAGAAUUAUUCUUCAAGUGAAUCUUUGUUCUCUCGUGAAACGAAUCUAGCCUGAUACAGAACAGUAGACAAAGACGUUGGGAAAAAAGAAGAAAAGAGACAUCUUUCAACGACGAGGACUCGAUUACCAAACAAUUACAGCAAUUAGAUCUCGUUCAAUUGAGUAACAGUUAAUCCUGAAGGUUGCUAUGGAAAAUUCAAAGGCCCAACACGAUGCUAUAUCAAGAGUCCAAACAAAUCUGGAUAAAAUCCUUCAAGAAACAGAAUGUGCCCUGAGAAAGAGCAAAACAAAUUACCUGGACAGUGAAGAGGAACAAAAACUCAAGGAGAAAAAGGCUUUGGCGGAAGCCGGACUGAGGCGAACCACAUCGAAAUUCGAAAUGGUCAACGUUUUGUUGCAAAUUCUUCACAAACAAGAAGAAUUAACGGUAGAGGAGUAUACGAUCGACAAUAGCACGUUUAAGGUUCUUGUUAUCGAAGACACAGAAUUUUAACUCUUGGAUUGAAGAAUUAUUUUUAACAACCGCCGUUUCUACAUUGGAAUGACGAACAGCAUCGCUGGGGAGUUUUAAUUGUUAAAAGAGUCUUUCACAGCGGUUUACGAACGUUAAAAAUUGAGGCAGAGUCCAAAAUUUCCUCAGUAAAACAUAAAGAUGGUUGUAAAACGGAGAAUCUCAUAGGACAAAUUCAAUGAUUUAGAGACUAAAGAUAUAUUUCUGUCGGGCAGCAUUCUUAUUUGGUGGCCCAGGUAUGAAUAUUACCCAUUAGAAGAUCCGACACGACAGCCGGUGUGAUAUUUAUCUUUGCGGAUUUGCCGGAAUUAUACAUAAGCUGUUACUCCUACGGUAAUCUCAAAAUGUGCAUUGAAAAAUACCGAUGAUUAAUCUCGACUGAAACUAGUCUAAUAAUGACAUAUCCUUUAGAGGAAUAU